AUGACCAUCGAGAUGUUUUCCCACUCUCCCCUGAGGAUCCGCACGCUCGAGAGGGGGUUUGGAUGUUGUGGCCUCAUCGCCGCUGAGCCACUGCCUGGUGACCGGAGGGGUUCUCGAGUGGGUGGACAACUCAAUACUGACCCCCUCCCUGUGCCUUCAACCCCCCAAAAGCAGAGCCCAAAAGAGGAGGAAAGGAGCCACAGAGAAACCCCGAGGAGCAUCGUGGAGUAUAAAUACAAACGGAGCAACAGUUCUGUUAGAUUCAUCAUGACUCUCAGAGGAGCCGUCACCGUGGCGACUGCUCUCAUCUGCCUGGUGAUGGUCAACGCUGGCCGAGGAAAAGCUGCUUCUGGGGCCCUAUAUUGUUGUACAAGAUUCACACGGAGCCCUGUCCCCUUCCACCGAAUACGAGGCUAUAAAAGACAGAGUGCACUGGAAAACUGUAACCUCGAUGCCAUCAUCUUCCAUACAGUGAGAAAUGUACAGAUUUGUGCAAGUGAAAGUGAUGCCUGGGUGCAAAGAGUUUUGGAAAGGCUACGGAAGAAGAUGGCUAAAGUUCACCAGACUACAGAAACAAAGUCACCUUUGCCAGUUUCUGGAACCACAGAAAGUUCCCAAAACUUCACUCUUUUUUUUCAAUAA